GCCCAAGUGCGUACCAGGGAACAGACCGGGCAGUGACACAGUGCGGAAUCCCUGUAGCGACUGCGUGGAGAAGGCGCCUGAAGUCGAGCUCAUACGGCUCAGACGCGGCGACACGCUGCCGCCCGAGGACGUGGUGGACGUCGGUGCCGACGACAUGAACAGAGGGACGGAACGAAUUAGAGAGAUCCAGCGCCGCGCUGUAAUGCACGUGCUGCAAUGGCAAUUGCACGAUAAGGUAGUCCGUUUUUGUGUCGAAACGUUACGACUGUGGAUUGGCUGAAAAGGGGAGAAGUGGAUGAAGUGGGAGUGGAUGAAAAUCUGAUUGAAGAUUUGGGUGCACCACACUUGAAGAUGUGCGCUACAAAGGAUAAGGAAAUUACGCGACAGCUGGGUAGAGUCCAACGGGAGGAUACUCGCCCCCCAUCGUUGGCGCAUGCAUUCCUGCGCGGCAACCAGUAUCCACUAAAUGCACAUGUAUGUCAUUGGUCACGCUGUGUGUCAUCGCAAAGGCAAGUGACUGAAGGUUCAUGACGUGUAUCCGUCCUGUACAACCGCCGGUUGGUUCUCGAAGUAUGACAGCAGGUUGCUGUUGGUACAAUGUACCAUCGAUCGGUCCGCCCUUCUCCCAAUCCCGCCUUCUGAUUGGCUGAGCCUCGUCCACAAACAGACGUCGGAGAACAAUUUCUUUCCUCGAUUUUUCAUUUUCGGAUCGGCAGAGUAAAGAGCAAGAGAACUCAUAACCGCUUCAACCCAGGACAAUAAUGGACGCUAAGCAGACUGCACUCAAGAUCAACUACAAGGGCGAGCUGCACCGCCUGCGUGUGGACCUUGCCACGUUCUCGCUGGAGGCGCUGACCGCGUUGUUCGCCGAGACGUUCAACUUGACCCCCGGCAGCUUCGUGGUGCAAUACACGGACGCCGAGGGCGACUGCCUCAAUGUGACGUCACAGGCCGAGUACGAGGAGGCCUGCCGUGUGUUCCUGAGCAGCACGGAGGGCUCCAAGUCGCUUCGCUUUGAGUCUGUGAGCCGCACGGCCGUGGCUUUCCAGGAGAACGUUGCUGACCCGAUUCUCAAGGCCAUUGAGAAGCUCGUGGAGACGCUGAACGUGGCCAUGGAGAAGGUCAAGCACGAGCAGUGGGCCGAGAAGGCGCAACAGACAGCGCAGACUAGCCUCAACCACACCAACGAGGCGCUUAAGACCGCGGCUCAUGAUGCUCGCGAGUCAUUCAUUGCUGCGCGUCAGAGCAUCCAGGAGAUCCCGUUUGACCAGCUCGUUAAGGAGACCACCGAGGGCAUUAAGUGCGCCGCUGAGGGCAUCAGCGAGUUCGCUAAGGAGGUGGUCGGUGAGAUCAAGAACAUGAAGAUGCCGCCUACCCACACGGAGGUCGCUCCUGCUCCGGAGGUGCAGCAGCAGACUGAGGCCGAGGCUGUUGAAACUGCCGAGCCUGCUGAGGUCCCUGUGGUCGCUACUAGCGACAGCGAAUGGGAGCAGGUGGCGGAGCAGGAACAGACCCCUGCCCCUGUGGAGGAGACUCCUGUUGUGGUCGAAACCCCCGCUGCCCCCGUCGUGACGGAGGAGGAGCUCAAGUGGGCGGCCGAGCUGUCGAUGGUGCGCGACAUCUUCCCGGGCGUGGAGACGGCUGUUGUCAUUGACCGUCUGGAGCAGUGCAACGGCAACGUGCAGGUGGUGCUGAACUCUCUGAUGGAGGAGAUGUAAGCUGAAGACAAAAGAUGCGACUCUUUCGAUGCAAGAAAGAUGGUUAUGCUUGAAGAUCUCGUGCAACUUUUGAGUGCGAAAGCGAUGAGAACGUGGAGGUAAGAUGGAUAGGACUAUCCCACCCGAAGAACUCGACGUGACUUUAAUCGCGAAUAUAUUUACAUUUCCAGAAA